UCAUCAAUGUCCAUUUUAAUCUGUAAAAAUUAGUAAAUAAGUAUAGAUUUACUUUUUGUUUCCAAAAACUUUUCUGAAUUUUGAAAGCUUAUAAAACAAAUGUUUCCUAUCAAUCAGCAUUAAAUGUGCAUGUAAAUCGUAAAUCGCAACCUGCACCUCAAAUUAUGAAUUAACAUAAUAUUAGCUUAUUAAAGUUAACGAAAUGGUAAUGUUUACAAACAAAUGUUUAUAUCUCCACAAGUCACUCACCUCGUUAAUUCGCGUCGUCAUGUUUGCUGAUUACGAUUAUCUUUUUGUAAUGAAUAACGGUAUAGUUGUAAAAUUUGUGCUGUUGCUGCUUAAUCUACAAUAAAUCUCUGAACUACUUUAUAUGCCACUUCGAAAUCAACAAAUUGCAAGUGUUAAGUAGUACUUUUUUCAGCACCUUCAACUUUUUUGUUGAAAGUUCUUGAAUACUGAACACUUCGUCGUCUUUCCUGCAACUUCGGCGUGGGGCGAAUAUUCUCGAAACCGAACUUUCCAGUAGAUAACGCUACAGUCGUGUAGAUCAGUGGUGCCAUCUGGUCAGAUUUGACAAUACAAACGGUGAUGUGCUUGCGCGGGUGUAGUUUCCGACAACAAUGGGAAUUGGGAAGAGUCGAGCUGGUAGUCAGUAGUCAGUACUACUCAUGUGUCGAAGUGUUCUGCCAUUUAAAAUGUGCGAUUUAUAACCGUUGUAUAUAUGUACGUUUGUUUACACUUGGAAUAUUCGGAACUGGAUAAAGCGUGAAGCAAGAUUUUGGAGUGAUUAUUUGUUUUUGACUUAUGCUAUUGAAAAAUGAGUAAUCAAGAAGCUUCGGAUGAAAACUCUAUCACUUCUGUGAGUGAAAAGAAAGUGAACAAACGCAGAUCAUCGAUUUUCAAGAGGCAAUCAAUUGUACCACCACAAGAUCAAGAUCUUGAGAAUACUAAUGCAACUGAGGAAAUAAGUCAUGAAUCGAAAAAAUUCAAACCUCUGAAGGACGAAGAAACAAAGUUUGACAUAAUCAAAUAUAUAGAAUCCCUGAAGAAAGAAGACAAAAAGUGGCGAGAAGAGUAUGCCAAAAGAAAGACUCGUGUUCAUGAAUUGACGAAACGUGAAAAAAUCGUGCAGCAGACAGGGCAAAAAUUGGACAUUACAGUAUUAUCAGAUAGUGAAAGAGCAUUUUUGGCAACAAAACCUGAUUAUGAGGAGUUUAAUAAGAACCUCUUUCAGUUGCAUGCAAUGGCAACAAAAGUCACGUUUUUAAAUAGAUAUGCUGAAAAUUUUUAUGAAAAGUCAACAUCAAAAUUACAAAAUGACACAGAGGAUGCUGUGCAUCGAAUUAUUGAUCUCACUGACUGAUACUCAUAUUUAUCAGAAGUAUUUGUACAUAAGCAUUGUAUUAUAGAUGCUAUACUUGCACUUGUUGGCUUAUUUUAUAAUUGUAUAAAUUAAUAUUUAUAAGUUAUAUUAGAAUUAAAUAAACAUAAUUAAGUUAUA